UACAUGAGGAAGUGGCUCAAAUGCCCAUGGUCUCCACCCUUGCCACCCUGCCUUCUACCCCUCAGCCUGCACUGAUGGCCUCAUGGGGAGUUCCCUAUGAUCAGUUGACAGAUGAAGAGAAGACUAGUGCCUGAUUCCCAGAUGGUUCUGCACGAUAUUCAGGCAACACCCAAAACUGGACAGCUGCAGCACUACAGCCUUUUUCUAGGAAAUCACUGAAGGACAAUGGUGAAGGUAAAUCUUCCCAGUGGGCAGAACUUUGAGCGGUGCACCUUGUUGUGCACUUUGCAUGGAAGGAGAAAUAGCCAGAUGUGUGAUUAUAUACUGACUCAUUGGCUGUAGCCAAUGGUUUGGCUGGAUGGUCAGGGAAUUGGAAAAAGCAUAAUUAGAAAAUUGGUGACAAGGAAAUUUAGGGAAGAGGUAUGUGGAUGGACCUCUCUGAGUGGUCAAAAACUGUGAAGAUAUUUGAAUUCUACGUGAGCGGUCACCAAUGGGUGAUUUCACUAGAGGAGGAUUUUAAUAAUCAAGUGGAUAGGAUGACCCGUUUUGUAGACAUCACUCAGCCUCUUUCCCUAGCCACCCCUGUUAUUGCCCAAUGGGCCCAUGAACAAAGUGGCCAUGGUGGCAGGCAUUGAGGUUACACAUGGGGUCAGCAACAUGGAUUUUCACUCAUCAAGGCUGACCUGGCUAUGGCCACUGCUGAGUGCCCAGUUUGCCAGCAGCAGAGACCAACACUGAUCCCUCGAUAUGGCACCAUUCCUCGAGGUGAUCAACCAGCUACCUGGUGGCACAUUGAUUAUAUUGGACCUCUUCCAUCAUGGAAGGGGCAGAGGUUUGUCCUCACUGGAAUAGACACUUACUCUGGAUAUGGGUUUUCCUAUCCUGCACUCAAUGCUUCUCCCAAGACUACCAUCCAAGGACUCACGGAAUGCCUUAUCCAACAACAUGGUAUUCCACAUAGCGUUGCCAUUGCCCCUGACCAAGGCACUCACUUUACAGCUACAGAAGUGUGGCAGUGGGCUCAUGCUCAUGGAAUGCACUGGUCUUUUCAUGUUCUCCAUCAUCCUGAGGCAGCUGGAUUGAUAGAAUGGUAGAAUGGCCUUUUGAAAUCACAAGUACAAUGCUAACUAAGUGACAAUACUUUGCAGAGGUGGGGCAGAGUUCUCAAGAAGGCUAUGUACGUUCUGAAUCAGCAUCCAGUAUAUGGUUCUGUUUUUCCCAGAGCCAGGAUUCAUGGGUCCAGGAAUCAAGGAGUGGAAGUGGAAGUGGCACCACUCACCAUUACCCCUCUUGAUCCACUAGGAAAAUUUUUGCUCCAUGUUCCUGCGAUAUAAUGUUCUGCUGGCCUAAAUAACUUAGUACCAGAGGAAGAAAGGCUGCCACCAGAUCAUGUGACAACGAUUCCAUUAAACUGGAAGUUAAGAUUGCCACCUAGACACUUUGGGCUCCUCCUAUCUCAAAGUCAACAGGUUAAGAAGAGAGUUACAGUGUUGGCUUGGGUGAUUGACUCAGACUAUCAAGAUGAAAUCAGUCACUACUCCAUAAUGGAGAUCUGGUAUUUCCUUGUGCUCAUAAUGAGAAUAGUUCUCCAGUUAGCCAAGAUGAACCUCAUGGACAUCACCAAGAUCUUCUCCCUCCUGCAGCCCGACAAGGAGGAGGAGGACACCGACAUGGAGGAGAAGCAGGCUCUCAAUCAAGCAGUGUAUGACAACGACUCCUAUACCUUGGACCAGCUUUUGCGCCAGGAGCGUUACAAACGUUUCAUCAACAGCAGGAGUGGCUGGGGCGUUCCUGGGACACCCUUGCGCUUGGCUGCUUCUUAUGGACACUUGAGCUGUUUGCAGGUCCUCUUAGCACAUGGCGCUGAUGUUGACAGCUUGGAUGUCAAGGCACAGACGCCACUUUUCACUGCUGUCAGUCAUGGCCAUCUGGACUGUGUACGUGUGCUUUUGGAAGCUGGUGCCUGCCCUGGUGGUAGCGUCUACAACAACUGUUCUCCCGUGCUCACAGCUGCCCGUGAUGGUGCUGUUGCUAUCCUGCAGGAGCUCCUAGGCCAUGGUGCAGAGGCCAACGUCAAAGCUAAACUACCAGUCUGGGCAUCAAACAUAGCUUCAUGUUCUGGCCCCCUCUAUUUGGCUGCAGUCUACGGCCACCUUGACUGCUUCCGCCUGCUUUUGCUCCACGGAGCAGACCCUGACUACAACUGCACUGACCAGGGCCUAUUGGCUCGUGUCCCACGACCCCGCACCCUCCUUGAAAUCUGCCUACACCAUAACUGUGAGCCAGAGUACAUCCAGCUGUUAAUAGAUUUUGGUGCUAAUAUCUACCUUCCAUCUCUCUCCCUUGACCUGACCUCACAAGAUGAUAAAGGCAUUGCAUUGCUGCUACAGGCCCGAGCCACUCCACGGUCACUUCUAUCACAGGCCCGUUUAGUCAUCCGCAGAGCCCUGUGCCAGGCUGGCCAGCCACAAGCCAUCAACCAGCUGGAUAUUCCUCCCAUGUUGAUUAGCUAUCUAAAACACCAACUGUAAUCUUGCAGUCUCCCCAGGAACUUAUGAUGCCUCCAAAAACCACCUGGGGACUCAGGUAGCUGGAGGGCAUUACAGCCUCAUCCACUUACCUGGAGUUGCUCUCCUGUAUUAUCCUCCACAAUAAAAUUAUCCAGAAAAUAA